CGUUGGAUCGAAUCGUUCCACAGUUUGGAAGAAAUGGCGGAUCGGGGUGAAUUAUUCGGCAGUGAUGGAGACAGCGACAAUGAUCAGAGAGAAUCAGGCUCUGGAUCUGGAUCCGAUUCGGAGCAGGAGAGACCUAGAUCCGUCAGCAACGCCUCAGGCAGCGACAGUGAGAGGGAGCGGGAUGAUGACGAUGAUGAUGAAGGUCAGGAAACGGGGAAGCCCAGCAUGAACAAGGAACUGUUCGGUGACGACAGUGAGGAUGAGCAGCACAGUGGCAGCGAUAACCAGUCCGAACAGUCGGGAAACCAGUCGGAGGCCAGCAUGCACUCUGACCAGGGGGAGAACGACCACUCUGACGCGGAGCAGCACAGUGGGUCGGAGCACGACCAGAGAGAGGAGGAUGAGGAGGACGAAGACGCGGGCAACCGGUCGGAUGGUGGGAGCCCGGCAAGCAGCGGGAUGUCUCCGGGUGGAAGCCCCCAUUCUGAGAGGGGCAGUGUUCGUUCAGACAGAAGCAUGCACAGCGAUCCAAGGACGCCACAGUCAGGACCAGGCACCCCUCAUUCCGACGGGGAAGCUUCUGGCAGAGAGAACCAGUCCGACGAUGAGAAGUGGGGAGGGGAAGCUAAGAGCGACCAGUCUGAGGACGAGGAGGAGAAGCGUCACUAUUCAGACGAGGACCGGGAGAACUCGGACGACGAAGCGCCCAGGAACAGACCAGAGUCUGCAAAGGGCAGUGACAGCGAAGAUGAUUUCCUUAGACAAAAAAGCAAACCAAAAGCCGCAUCGGAUUCCGAUUCAGACAGUGACGGAGGAUCGCAAAAACCAAUGAAAGCAGCUGCAGAUGAUCUGUUUGGAGAAGCUGACGACAUCUCUUCAGACAGCGACGCAGAGAAACCUCCCACCCCAGGACAGCCUCUGGACGGAGAGGACGGGAUGGAGGGAGAGCAAGCAGAGGAGGAACCUGUCCCUGAGACUCGGAUUGAGGUGGAGAUCCCCAAAGUGAGCACAGACCUGGGAUCAGACCUUUAUUUUGUCAAGUUGCCCAACUUCUUAUCUGUGGAGCCCAGACCCUUUGAUCCCCAAUACUAUGAGGAUGAGUUUGAGGAUGAAGAAAUGCUGGAUGAGGAAGGAAGAACCAGACUCAAGCUCAAGGUGGAGAACACGAUCAGGUGGAGAGUCAAACGAGACGAGGAGGGAAAUGAAACACGAGAGAGCAACGCACGUAUCGUCAAGUGGUCCGAUGGCAGCAUGUCCCUCCACCUGGGAAAUGAAGUAUUUGAUGUUUACAAAGCUCCUCUCCAGGGAGACCACAACCAUCUGUUUAUCCGACAGGGCACAGGACUGCAGGGACAGGCUGUGUUCAAAACCAAACUCACAUUCAGACCCCACUCCACUGACAGCGCCACCCAUAGGAAGAUGACGCUGUCUCUGGCUGACCGCUGCUCAAAGACGCAGAAGAUUAGGAUCCUCCCCAUGGCUGGAAGAGAUCCAGAGUCGCAGCGUAAUGAAAUGAUCAAAAAAGAGGAGGAGCGUCUGCGAGCGUCGAUCCGUCGUGAGUCUCAGCAGAGGAGGAUGAGGGAGAAGCAGCACCAGAGGGGCCUGAGCAGCAGCUACCUGGAGCCUGACCGCUACGAUGACGAGGAGGAGGGCGAAGAAGCCAUCAGCCUGGCAGCUAUCAAGAGUAAAUACAAAGGAGGAGGAGGCCUGAGAGAGGAGAGAGCAAGGAUCUACUCAUCAGACAGCGAUGAAGGCUCCGAUGAUGAUAAAGCCCAGAGGCUGAUGAAGGCCAAGAAGUUGGACAGUGAUGAGGAGGGCGAGGGGUCUGGCAAGAGGAAGGCAGAAGACGACGAGGAAACAACCACCAAGAAGGCUAAAAAAUAUGUCAUCAGUGACGAAGAGGACGAUGAAGAGGACGAUGAAUAGUUAAAUUUUUUUUUUGUAUUCUUUUUUUAAACCAUUCCCACUGUAUUAUCAGUGUUCAGUCUACAUGGUGUAUAUAUAGCCAUGUUUUGGUUUGUAUAUUUUCUUAUGACCUGUGUGUGGGUGAGUGUGUGUCGGUUUGUUUAUGGUGUGUACAGCAGAGGUGAGGAAUAAAUAAAGGGUUGUUUUACAUAACC